ACACCUUGCCGCAGGGUGCGCCGUCGUGACUGCUCUGCCACAAUGGCGCCCGAAACUGCCCGGUUGACAAAGGUGAGGCGGACGAAAGGUGCUGGAAGCCGUGGCCGUUUCCGUAUCAAGGACUUCAAGUCCCUGGUAAGGUCUCUGCUCCUUGAUGCUGUCGGCCAUUAUCGUACACGCGUCUCCACUGAAUAUGCCUAUCCUACAAGCACCGAAGACGACAGAUGGGCCGUCGAAGUAUGGUCACGGGCCUGCCGCGAUGCCGGCACUGAUCUGCCAAUAGAAGAAGAAUUUGUUGGCAUGAUAACCGCUAGAGCAUCACAUAUUCGCGGGGAAUUGAAGACAAAGGCGCGCUCGCUCGUUGAGCUUGCCUAUGGCUUAACCGCACCAUCCAACCACGACGAACGGCAGGCAAAACGCAACAAGGUACGAGACCUCCUGACACGGCUUGGCUAUGCGUAUUCGGUGAGUGAAGUCUUUCCGAACCCCACCGCCCGGUCAGGCAUCUAUGAGAAUGACGUGAUUCAGCGCCUCAUCAAUGUGACGUGGUUUGCAGACCCGAAGGACGACGGCAUCCAUUAUGGUCAGUACUUUGGCCGACGCAUGCCUGUACCUGUGAUUGCUCUCGUCCUUACAGCUAUCCAGAAUGUCUUAGACGAAUGGCGGACGGGUGAACGGCAAGACAUCGCUUUCAGCAAGAAGCACUAUAAGGCAAAGUACGAUCAGCACCUGGAAGAACUGGAGCGUUUCCACGACAAGACUAGAAGGUACGGCAUCUUACGCACGAUACGAAGUGACCUUCUGGAGCAUGCACGG